GCCAACAAGGAGCCCGCGAAAAAGCGCCUCGCGACCAUGCGCUGCUGGGUCGCGCUGGCCCUCGCCGCCGCCGUCAAGGCCGCGGCGGAUUCGCGAGACGUCGAGCUGCUCGGCGACGGAUCCAUUGCCGUCCCGACCCUCGGCGUCCUCCACGCCGAAUGGCUUCGCGAACGUUGCAAGCACGUCACGUCCGUGGACCCGAUCACGCGCCAGCGGCUCCUGAACCCGCACGAGUACGCGCCGCCCGUCGUGACGAACGCGACUUUGGCGGGCGCGGCGGGCGCCGAGGUGCUCCGCGUGUCGUUCCGCGACGGCCACGAGUCCGAGUUCUCCGUGCCGCUCCUGCGGACGAUGAUGGGCGCGUCCGUGAGCGGCUUCGUCCAGUUCGACGAGGCCCUGCGGCCGGCGCAGCUGCUCUGGAACGCGACGCUCGGCGGGCCGCCCCUCUUCGCCUUCGCGGAGGUCGCGGCGGAGGCGUCCGACGCGUACGUCGCCGACGAGCGGCGGCGGCUCUACGGCGUGCUCCAGUCCGCGGGCGUCGCCGUCGUCCGCGGCGCGCCCACGGAGGAGGGCGUCUGCAGCGCCCUCGCCUCCGACCUGAGCACGCUGCGCACGACGGAGUGGGGCGAGCAGUUCAACGUCCGGAGCGAGCCCGACCUGCUGCAGGCGAGCGGCGCCAAGUUCGACCUGGCCUACACGGCCAAGGCCAUCGGCCAGCACACGGACAACCCCUACCGCUACCCGACGCCCGACUUCCAGCUGCUCCACGCCAUCGAGCAGUGCUCCUGCGAGCAGGACCACGGCGUGCCCGCGCCCUGCGACGGGUGCACGGUCAUGAACUACUUCGCCGACGGCUUCGCCGUCGCGGAGCGCAUGGCGACGGAGACGCCGGAGCUCUUCGACUCGCUCGCGUCCGCGUCCGUCGCCGUGCGCUUCGAGAACAACGGCGGCGACGGCUCGUCGGCGGUCUGGCACGACGUGCCCCACCUCGAGAUGCUCGAGACGGCCGCGCCGGGCUGCCGCGGCGCCAGGUGCCUCCGGGCCGUGCGCUUCUCGGCCAAGUCGGGCGGCUACGCGCCGCCGCUGCCGCCCGCGGAGCUCGAGACGUUCUACGCGGCGAAGCGGCGCUUCUCCCAGCUCAUCCACGAGCCGGCCAUGACCAUCCGCAUGCAGCUGCGGCGCGGCGACGUCGUCAUCUUCGACAACAAGCGGCUGCUGCACUCGCGGUCCGCGAUCGCGCCCGGCGACGGCGCCCGGUUCGUCCAGGGCUGCUACCUCGACCGCGACGGCAUCGAGUACAAGUGGGAGCGGCUCCGGCGCGCGGCGGCGACGUUCACGGAUUUGGAGACGGCGCCGAAGGCCGACUACGAGCGCAUGGGCGAGCGCUACGGCGCGAUCGACGUCGGCGAGCGGCUGCUCGGCUUGCUGCUCGCGCAAAAGGGCGCGUACCUCGCCCAGCCCGUGGACCUCCUGGAGCACGGGCUGCAGGUCGCGAGCCGCGCGCUCCGCGCGGGCGAGUCCGACGACCUGGUCGUCGCGGGCCUCUUCCACGACGUCACGGAGUCGUUGUCGCCCAAGGGCCACGGCGAGGCCGCGGCGGCGCUCCUCGCGCCCUACGUCGACCGCGACACGCACUGGCUCCUCUUCCACCACGAGGUCUUCCAGGGCUACUACUACUACCACCACUUUGGGGCGGACAAGCACGCGCGCGACCGGCUCUGGUCCGACGAGAGCGCCGACGCGUGGCGGCUCACGGCGCGCUGGUGCCACGACUACGACCAGAAGGCCUUCGACCCGUCCUACCCGUCGCUGCCCGUCGACGCCUUCCGGGGCGCCGUGGCCCGCGUCCUGAGCCGCGAGCCCUACUGGUGGGACCCGGACCACCCGAAGCGCGCGGCCGUGACGGGGUCCGCCUAGGCGCCUGCGCAAGGCGCGCUCCGCUUGCACACCCUAAGGGCGCCUUCUUUC